AUGAGAGGCAAGCGCCGGGUCGGCCCGCUGUUCCGGGUACCCGGCCACCCUGACGGCCGGAUUUUCUAUUACGACUUGUACGUGGCUGUGACCAACAAGGGCGGCUACGACAAGAUGUCUCCCGACGACUGGAGCGAGGUGCUGCGGCAACUCGGCGACACCGACCCCCACCUGAUUGUGUGUUUUAAGACCUACACCAACUAUCUUUUGGACUAUGCAGGGUACCUAUCUAAUGUCAGCGACUACCAGUUCCCCGAGUCCGACGACGAAGACGAUGACGAAGAUUUGUGUAUAAAGUGUGGCGCCCCUGAAGAAGGCAAUGGCGUCCAGUGUGAUGAUUGUGACGCUAUCUACCACAUGCACUGUCUAGAUCCUCCCCUUGACUCGUUCCCCGAUGGCGCCUGGUACUGUCCGAAGUGUCUUGUGGGCACCGGCGAGUACGGAUUUGAAGAAAAAGAAGUACACUACUCAUUGGACGAGUUUGCACAAAAGUGUGUCGAUUUUGAAGAAAACUUCCGUCGUGAACACUGUAAGGGUAGGACACCUUCAGUACAAGAAAUCGAACGUUAUUUCUGGAAACUUGUCGAUGAGGAACACCUGGAGCUUGAAGUGGAAUACGGGGCCGAUAUCCACCGGAUGAAACCGGGCCAGAUUCUGGGGUUCCCUCGCGAAGACACCCCUGGUAUCGACAUGCGUGAUCCCCAAACCAACUUCUAUGUCAACCACCCCUUUAACCUUAACAAGCUUCCCUAUGCCAAGGGGUCGUUGCUUAAUUAUGUUCCCAAUGAGAUUCUGGGGAUGACGGUGCCGUGGAUCUACAUUGGCCUGUUGCUUCUGACGUUCUGCUGGCACGUCGAAGACCACUAUACCCUUCUGGCCAAUUAUUGUCAUUUCGGUGCUACGAAGAAGUGGUACGGGAUCCCGCUGAGUCAAGCCGAUCGCUUCGAAGAUUAUAUGAAGAAGAUGGCUCCCGAUAUGUUUAAGAAACAACCGGACUUGCUCCACCAGCUUGUCACUUUGGUUAACCCUCAAAAGUUAGCUGAGGCUGGCAUUACCUGUGUUUACGCUGACCAGAACCCUGGUGAGUAUGUCAUCACUUAUCCUCGAGUUUACCACGCUGGAUUUAAUUGUGGCCUCAACGUCAAUGAGGCAGUCAACUUCAAUAUGAAGGACUGGCUUCCCUUGGGAGAACAAGCGGUGGAUCUGUACCGUCUUAUUAAAAAGGAAAACGUUUUUAAUCACUAUCAACUCCUAUUCAACGUUCUCAAAGAGUUCAACCGACGCGUUCGAAUCCUGGAAGGUUUACAACUGGUUGACCAUGAGCUUGUGGCCGAGUGUAUCUACCAGUUCAAACGCUAUUCGUUCCAGCAGGGCCAACUUAUCAGCGAGCUUGACAUGUCCAAGUUCACCACCAGCUACCGUCCCCGCACCAAGGAGGAAGAAGUAUUGUGCGAUUGUUGCAAGACCCACAUUGGUUUCCACUAUAUCAAGAUUGAACAUAUCUACCUGUUCCACCGAAACAAUCAGUUGAUGACCCCUGACUCGCUGCCGUCAAACGUUCUGGCAUUAGUCAGCAUUGUUCCCAAAGUCACCCUGGAUCCGCCGAUGAAAUCUGAGGUACUCUCGAAGAAGCGAAAGGUACUGAUGAUGGACGAGUUUGAACAGCUUGUACAAAGUGCUGCUGAGGAAGCUAGAGUUAAGGAUGAAGAUGAGAAGGCUCCCGGCAGUGGACGUAAGCUUCGUCGUACCACCAAGGAGCUUCACACAACCACAACCGAACCUGCUCUCGACAGAAGUGAACCUCGAAAGCUCCGUAUCAAUCAACCCUUGGGUAAAGUGGCUCAAGAGUUGGUGAGAAUGGGUAUGGGCAAGACCGAGAACCUCAACAUCCGUGGUUCGAAGAAGCUUCCGGGUACAGCAUUAAUCAUCCGGUUGUGCUUAGAAUGCUUACGUCUGAAGGUUCAGCUUGACGGCGAAGUUGCUCAGUUCGUAUACGAAGUACACCCACUGCAACUGCAGGUAGUGAUCCAAGAAGCCGAAACCAACUUGGAGAGACUUUUGACGAAUCAAAUCAAAUGA